AUGGAUUUGUGCCCGGAUCUUGUAGAUGAUUCUCCAUCAACCCCGCUUGUGAGACAAGAAGCUAUAAGCCCAGCUACAUCCGAAACGGCUGUCAAUAACGUCGAUGAUGAUUAUGGUGAUGAAGGCAUUGAAGAAGGUCCUUCGGAAUGUGGUGACAGUAAUAAGAGCUCACCGAAAUCGCCUGAUGUAACUACCGAUGAAGCUGGUAAGAAGUCGAACCCAAACGACAAGCCACCAUUUUCGUACAAUGCCCUGAUCAUGAUGGCAAUUAAGAGCAGCAGUGAAAAGCGGCUGACACUAUCGGGAAUUUACGACUACAUUAUGACUAACUAUCCCUUUUAUCGUGACAAUAAACAAGGCUGGCAGAACUCGAUUCGUCACAAUCUGUCACUCAACAAAUGCUUUGUGAAAGUGCCACGAAGCUUCGACGACCCAGGAAAAGGAAACUACUGGAUGUUGGAUGCAUCGUGCGAAGACGAGGUAUUCAUCGGUGGUGCCACUGGCAAACUUCGGCGUCGUCCAUCUACAAUGAGUCGAGCCAGAAUUGACGCCUUCAAACAGUAUGGCGCCGCGGCGGCAGCGCUAUUUCCUCCCUACAGUCCACUUAACUUUGCGCGUCCUCCACCUCUUCAACAUCCAUUUUCACCACGUCCUAUGAUGCCAUUGCCGACUUUCUACCCGCAUGCCGACCUUAUGCAUCUCUAUUUAACCCAUCAACAGUCACAGGACAUCUUGAAAAAGUUUUAA